AGGCGCAAGCAGGGAGCGCAGGAGACCCCGGAAGCGCGGCGGAGGCGGCUGCGGGGCUAUGCCGGCAUCUCUGAGAGCACCUGUGCCACAUGCCCCGGUGCCGGCUGUACUCGCUCUGUCUCCUGUGCGCGCUGCUGCCCUUGCACCACAAUGCGCCCGAGCCCGAGGGCACCGCGCCCGAUCCGGCCCACUACAGGGAGCGAGUCAAGUCCAUGUUCUAUCACGCCUACAACAACUACCUGGAGAAUGCCUUUCCCUACGACGAGCUGCGGCCGCUCACCUGCGACGGGCAGGACACCUGGGGAAGUUUUUCUCUGACACUGAUAGAUGCCCUGGACACCUUGUUGAUUUUGGGAAAUGUCACUGAAUUCCAGAGGGUUGUUGAUGUGCUUCAGGAAAGUGUGGAUUUUGAUAUCGAUGUUAAUGCCUCUGUGUUUGAAACCAACAUUCGAGUGGUAGGAGGCCUCUUGUCGGCUCACCUGCUGUCCAAGAAGGCUGGAGUAGAAGUGGAGGCAGGAUGGCCUUGUUCUGGACCUCUCCUGAGGAUGGCCGAGGAGGCAGCUCGAAAGCUUCUUCCAGCUUUUCAGACCCCAACGGGGAUGCCAUAUGGAACAGUGAACUUGAUGCAUGGUGUGAAUCCUGGAGAAACUCCUGUGACCUGCACCGCUGGAAUAGGAACCUUCAUUGUAGAAUUUGCUACCCUGAGCAGCCUGACUGGUGACCCAAUAUUUGAGGACGUAGCCAGAAGGGCCCUGAAAGGCUUGUGGAAAAGCCGGUCAGAUAUUGGGCUGGUAGGCAACCACAUUGAUGUGGUGACAGGCAAGUGGGUGGCUCAGGAUGCUGGCAUAGGUGCUGGUGUGGAUUCCUACUUCGAGUACCUCGUGAAGGGAGCUAUCCUGCUUCAGGACAAAGAGCUGAUGUCCAUGUUUUUGGAGUAUAAUAAAGCCAUUCGGAACUACACCCGUUUUGAUGACUGGUACCUAUGGGUGCAGAUGUACAAAGGGACUGUUUCCAUGCCAGUAUUUCAGUCUCUGGAAGCCUAUUGGCCAGGUUUACAGAGCCUCAUUGGGGACAUUGACAAUGCCAUGAGGACGUUCCUCAAUUACUACACGGUGUGGAAGCAGUUUGGAGGGCUGCCAGAAUUCUAUAACAUUCCGCAGGGCUACACCGUAGAGAAACGAGAAGGAUACCCACUUCGGCCGGAACUGAUUGAGAGUGCGAUGUACCUCUACCAAGCCACAAGGGACCCCACUCUCUUAGAACUUGGAAGAGACGCUGUGGAGUCCAUCGAGAAAAUCAGCAAAGUGGAAUGUGGAUUUGCAACAAUUAAAGACCUGAGAGAUCACAAAUUGGAUAACCGGAUGGAAUCUUUCUUUCUGGCUGAGACCGUCAAGUAUCUCUACCUGCUAUUUGACUCAACCAAUUUCAUUCACAACAAUGGCUCCACCUUUGAUGCAGUGAUCACACCCUACGGGGAAUGUAUCCUGGGAGCCGGAGGUUACGUCUUCAACACCGAAGCUCACCCCAUUGACCCUGCAGCCUUGCACUGCUGUAGGAAACAGAAGGAAGAGCAGUGGGAAGUAGAAGACUUAAUGAGGGAAUUUUACUCCCUUAAACGAAGCCGAAAAUUCACAUUAAGGAAAACUGCCACUGGCUCUGGCCGUUGGGAAAUCCCAGCAAAAGGGAAAGAUGCCUCAGCUUCGGAAAACCAUAUAGAGAUGAAUGGUAAAGAGAGCUCCAAGCGUAGUGUUCCACUCCUCAGGUGUCCCAGCCAGCCCUUUACUUCCAAGUUGGCCUUGCUUGGACAAGUUUUCCUAGACUCCCCAUGACCACAUGAAGAUUUAUUUUGAAGUGAACUCUAAUAAACGUGUUUGGUUUUGCC